GUACCAUGCUGGAAUUAAAAUAACAGUCCUACUGGAGUUAUUCCAUCUGUUUGUAUAUUGUGUUUGUGUAGUAGAGAAAGUGAGUGUGUGUGUGAUAAAAAAGAGAGAGAGACAAAGACCAAUAACUCUUAAGCAUAUAGAAGCAUUGUAAUAUAAGCCUCAACAGUUGACGACUGGAAGGUGAAUGAAGCAUCCGAAGAAGCAAUGGAUGAUUCAUACUCGACUAUUUGUUGAAGUGUUAAAACAUUAAGGUGUUCCAGUGUGUGUGAUCUUCAGUUCAAAACUCUGGCUGCUCAAACGGAAUGCAUCUGCUGCUGUUCAUUUCAAUCUGCCUCAGUCUCUGUUGGUGUGUGCUGAGUGCAGCAGUGACACCUCCAUGUAGUGCUGUGUACAGGGGCUUCGCUGAGUGUCUGCUCACUCUGGGUGACAGUGUGAGCUCCAAGACGGAUGAAAACCCACAGGACAUCAACUCCAUUUGCAAGUCAUGGGACGCCUUCCAGGUGUGUGUUAGUGGAGUGUUGUCAGGUUGUCGUGGCGAUGCAGCAGAAAUCUGGGAGUCUUUGAGGGCAGAGUCCCGGAAAACCGCAUUUGCAGGGAACCUCUAUGAUAUAUGUGCCAGUCGUACUGAAGCUGUGUCUGCAACCACACCCCUGGUUCCCAACACUGAUCAAACCAAUCAGGAAACCCUCAAAGCACUCGCUCAUUCUGUCAGCAAAGACCUGCUCCUGAUAUGCUGCUCUCUUCUCCUACUGUUUCGGAUCUAACUGAUCCACACAAAUCCGAACUGACGGCAAUGUCGGGUCUACAGGCACACAUCUGCAUAGACUCUUUUUCUUUGAAUAUGUUCUUUAAUUUAGUGUGUGAGUUUACAUGAAAGAGAUGUGGUGAGACUAAUUAUGUGUUUGCUUAUUUGAAAACUAUUUUUUUUCUAUAAAAAACAGUAAUGAAAAACGUUGUACACUUUUAAAUAUUUGUAGAUUGUGUAAAAAGAUCAGGUAAAACUGUAUACAUGGUAUUUCAAAUGUACAAUAUCUGCAAUAAAAUUCAAAGCAAAGUAAUUUAUUUUAACAUUUUAUUAAAAUGAUUAAAAUAAUUUUAAUCAAAUUAUCUAUAUGGUAGACGUCCCAUUUGUUUUAAAUUUAAUGUUUGUGCUGAAAGGCCAUCAGACGCAAUAUAGUUUAAUCCAUUCCGUUCAAUCAUAAAGACUCAGUCCAGUUCCUCAAUCAGAACAGUCUUUCUUUUUUCUGCUGCCUUUGGGACGUCAUCUCCUGCCUCUGCCAGACUGAUGCCAGACUGUUUGACUGAGUUUCUUGUAGUGGAGACACUGAUAAGCUGCUGAGAUUGGUCAAGGGCCACAGCGUCUGAAUGAGGCCAGGGAUACAAACUCCUAACAGCUUCUGACUCUGUGUCAAUGCUGGAGAUCACCUCAAUCUUUGGACGCAUCCCACUCUAAAAAAUGUAGCAUUUAAAAGUAGGAAAUUUGCUGAAUAAUAUGGUCACAAUUUUUUAUCACAACUGUGAAGAUGACUUGCUUUCUCACCAAGUGAUGUUUUAGUAUCAUUGAGAUACUGUUCUAGUUUUAAUCUAUAUAUGACAUUUUUAUUCAUUUGAAUAUUCAAAUCAAACAACUUUAGAUUAAGUUAAAGGGGCCGUGUGUAAAAUUCCCAGGUGUUUACGGCUUGUAACAAGACAUUCUCUGAUCUACCUGGUUGUCAAUGAAAGCUUGAUUUUCUUAUAUGCAGGACUUUGUAUGCUAUUGCUAGAAAUUAAACAAAGUUACAUUUGA